AGAGGACCUACCUCGCAAAACAUUCAUUUCCUAGAAAAAUACAUACCAACAAGCCCCCCAAUGGGUGGAACAAGCAAAUCUUCAGAGUCUGGGAAAAGCACCCAGCCAUCCAUUACAGACAGAACAUUCACAGGAGUAGGCAACCUCAUCAAGCUCCUUCCUACUGGGACUGUGUUCUUGUUCCAGUUCCUCAACCCUGUGCUGACCAACAAUGGUCAUUGCCACACCAUUAACAAGUACUUAACAGGGAUUCUCCUAGGAGUUUGUGGCUUCUCUUGUUGUUUCUCUUCUUUCACUGACAGUUACUUUGGCAGUGAUGGAAUGACUCACUAUGGGGUGGCAACAAAGAAUGGUCUUUGGCCAUCUUCUGCUUCUGAGUCAGUGAACUUAUCAGCAUAUAAGCUGAGGGUGGGGGACUUUGUUCAUGCUUUCCUCUCAUUGACUGUGUUUGCUGUGGUGGCCCUUUUGGACUCUAACACAGUGGACUGCUUCUAUCCAUCUUUUGAAUCAACUGAGAAGCUUUUGCUUAUGGUCUUACCUCCUGUUAUUGGUGCUAUUUCAAGUACAGUGUUCAUGGUGUUCCCUAACAAGCGCCAUGGGAUCGGCUAUCCUGCAAGUCAGACUCCACAUGAGUCCUAGUUCAUUGGAAUCUAUUAUGGUUGUAUUCUUCUUCCUCCUUCCUCCUUAAUAGUUAUAUGUAUGUCCAUUCAAAAAGAAGAGGGAAAGACUCGUGCUAUUUCCCUUAGAAUAUGUAAUAAGUUUGUUCUGGCCAGGCCCUUCAACUAAGCUUUCCAAGAAGGGGUAAUGAAUGACACUAUCAUUUUCCAUUUUCAUA